AUGAUGGAUGGCUCUGUUUUAAAUGGGCCUUAUUCAUUUUCCCCAGGUACCAGUGGUUCAGAACCUACAGUGUACUCCAGUGUGGGAGAGCUUGUCAGUUUACCAUUCACCUAUCAUGGUUCUUUUAACAGUUCAUCAACUACGUGGGCAGGGAGAAAUGGACAAUCAAGAUGCUAUAUUGAAUUGGUCAUUCAUGGAAAGGUCAGAGAUGAAAAUCAAGAGAAAUCUGGAAAGCUGAGAGUGGGACCUAACUGUUCUUUACACAUUAAUAACUUUAAAAUGGGGUCAUUUCCUACUAAAAUUAUUAUUUGUGUUAAUCAGCUUCAUAACUCUAUUUUCGGGAGUAGACAUGUAACAAUAUCUCAUGUUUCAUUUUCAGUCUCUGCGUCCUCUCCACUGACAGAGCUGAAGAUUGGUAGUACAGUUACUCUUCUCUGUAAACUCCACAGCUCUGAGCCUUGUGGAAAAAGCAUUAGAGUGAUCUGGGUUAGUGAGACAGGAGCCCCACUGCAGGGGAACAGGUACAAGCUGUCAGAGUCAGAAUGCUCCUCCAGUCUGACCGUGAUAUUUGAGCGCUCAGACCGCAACAUGAAGUGGAGAUGCCAGCUAACUGAGGAUGGGAAGCUGAAGGCCUCACACAGUUACACCACCAUCUUCCCUGGUAAGAGCUGGCUUUCCUUUUAG